AAAAUGCCGGCUUUCGAUCCAGUGCGCGAUGCCGUGCUCAACUCGCCUGUGACUCCAGCGAAGCCUCUCCCCUUUCGCCUUGAUCUACCCGCCAACAACUUUGCCAAUUCCUCACCAGGACCUUCAGGCUCUGAAUUGGCCAAUGCGGCGCAAAGCCCACUGACGAGACGGGCAACGCACUUGUCGAUGUUGUUGAACGACGACCCGCCACAAGAGCCCUCAUCAUCGAGCUCGCAGUCGCUUUUCACGCCCACUACACCCCGCGGACCAACAUCUUUCUCCCAUCUCUUACACCCAGACGAACCUUCGCCGACGAUCAAUGAACAGCUUGCACAUGCGGCACCUUUGCAGCGCAGGAGACCAUCAGUCGUCGAACGCGACUCGGGGAGCCGAGACGCAGGUGGGUACUUCCCUGCUCCCCCAGCACGUUCCUCUCUUGCAUUUCCGUCUGGCCAGGAGCCUUCGCCCUCCCCCACCAUGUUUGGCAGCGACCGCACCACUUCUGGUUCACGUCCGACUACCGCAACUCCCUCCGACAACGAGGUGUCACGCGAGCGUAUGCCACGUCGAAGGUCCUCUGGAGCGUCUGACUUGUUCGGAGGUGCAAGUGCAUUUACCCCUACCACCAGCUCUCCACUUGCGCUCCCAGGGAACGUACAAGAAGCACACCGCUCGCCAUCCCCACCUCGCUCUAGAGAGUCCCCCAUACGUCCCCUGGCUGCGCUUCCUGCUCGGGCGGCCUCUCCCACCACAACUGCCUCGCGGCCGUCAACGUCAGGCUCUGCAGCGAUGACGAGAUCGGAAUCGCCCAACCACAGGAAGCGGUCAGACUCGAGGAGCUACAGCAGCAUGCCCCCGCCUCCGCAGCCAUCGACGCCCAAGUCCUCGCCGGAAGAGCCCAAGUCUGCGACGCCCCCGGCGUUCACGAACUCGCGCUCGAGCGUGCCGUAUGCGCCGCGGAACCGCAUUACGCCCCCUGCGUCUGUGCUGGUGCCGCUGAGCCGUGAUGAAAUCGAACGAUACAAGAACUUUACCGGUGGUUUGGGGACGCAGAUACUGAAGCGCAAGCGCAAGAACUCAGAUGCCGAGAAAGAGACAGACGACAGGCCGGUGAAACGUAAUAGGGACGUCACGAUUGUCGCUGAACACUACAACGCUCGCCCGGAGGUUGGUCUUGCGCAACGCAGGGACUCGCCUAUCAUUGGUCUCAAAAACUUUAACAACUGGGUCAAGAGCGUGCUGAUCAUCAGCCAAGCACACCCUGUCGUCUCAAAGAGCGACUUCACCGGAACUUUAUUUGGUUCAGCUGGCGGUGGUAUGCGCGGACCUGCACGUGGAGCAGGAAAGGUCCUCGAGAUUGGGUGUGGCAAGGGCGGCGACCUCAUCAAGUGGUCUAAGGCCAAGAUCAAGGACUUUGUCGGUAUCGACGUCGCCUCUGUCUCGAUCGACCAAGCCCGGAUGCGCUACGCACAGCUGCGGCCGCCAAAGUACACUGCGUACUUCACUGCUGCGGACUGCUACACCCAGCUACUCAGCGACGCCCUCCCUGAGAACGUCCUGCCGCCGGUAGCAGCAGCUUUCGAUGUUGUCUCGUUGCAGUUCUGCGUGCACUACGCCUUCGAGAACGAGGACAAGGUCCGAACGAUGCUUACCAAUGUCACAAAAUGGAUGAAACCUGGUGGCAGGUUCAUCGGCACUGUCCCCAACGAGAAGUGGUUAAUGGAGCGUCUAGAUGGGAUUCCGGAAGACGCAAAAGAGCUCGAGUUCGGCAACAGCGUGUAUAAGGUUCGCUUCCAGGAUCGCAACGAGAGGCCGCUGUACGGACACCGCUAUUGGUUCUACCUCAAGGAUGCCGUCGAGGAUGUCCCGGAGUAUGUCGUGCACUGGGACAACUUUGUAAAACUCGCCUCCGAGUACGACCUGGACCUGAUUUACGAAAAGGAAUUCCACGAAGUUUAUGCCGAUAACGAGGAACAUUCGGAGUAUGGUCCGAUGCUUCAACACAUGAAAGUCGUCGAUGCCAACGGCGAAAGUCAAAUGGAUGAGGAUCAAUGGGAGGCUGCCAACAUUUACAUUGCAUUCGCAUUCGAGAAGCGAGUCAGAUAGGCACUCCGCGGAAUCCAAGGGUGUUGAUCCUCGCUCUCUUCUAGGUUAGCUACUGUCAGCGCCAGGUCAGCACCGAGGGCCCCGCAGCAGGCUCGCGAGAGCCGGUCGCGGCGUGACUUCGUGUUGUAGGGCGCAUGGCCGAGCCAUGCUUAUUAUCACGCCACGUAUAUCAGUAUGACGGCCACACCUGGUGGCCUUCUGCAUCUCCGCGCAAAGCUGUAUUGAUACCCAAUGCAUACAAAUAUCAACGAUCAAUGAGCUGUGCAUGGUGUCCGCAGGCGGGUCUAGUUUGUCGCAGCUAUUACGGUGCC